AUGAGCGUCGAGGGAAAGGUCUUCGCUGUCACGGGAGGAGGCUCCGGCAUGGGGGCUGCAAUCUGCACCCUUCUCGCCCAGAGGGGGGCUCGGGCUGUCGCGGCAAGCGACAUCUCCGACCAAGGAUUCGGUGCUCUCAAGGAGAGAGUGGCCAAGGCGAACCCCCAGACCCAGCUCUUCACCACCGUCCUGGACGUCACGAAAUCAUCCGCGGUGGACGACUGGAUCACGGCCGUCGUCCAGAAGUUCGGGGACCUGCACGGGGCGGCCAAUGUGGCCGGCCUCCCCCAGCCGCUCAACCAGAGGCAGUCCCCGGCGAUCCUGGAAGAGUCCAACGAGGACUGGAAGCGCGUGAUCGGCGUCAACCUCGACGGCGUCUUCUACUGCACGCGGGCCGAGAUCGGGGCCAUGAAGGCGCUCGGAAAGGCCGACCGCGGCAUCGUCAACAUCAGCAGCAUGGCGUCCUUGAAGCACGACCCCGACAUCUAUGCCUACCGCACCUCCAAGGCCGCGGUCGCCCAUUUCUCCCAGAGCGUGGCCAAGGACUGCCAGCACCUGGGCAUCCGUGUCAAUUGCAUCUCGCCAGGAUCCACCGAAACCCCCAUGCUGAGCAAGUUUGUGGCUGGCAACGAGGCCCAGCUGGCAGAUUGGAAGGCGAGAGGAUGGCAAAUGAUUCGUCCCGAAGAUGUUGCCCGUGUUGCCGUCUGGUUGCUCAGCGAAGACUCGGCCGAGGUUUUUGGGACCAACAUCAACGUUGGCGCGGCAUUGCCCUGA